AGUUUGCUAAGACUGGUAACAUCCAGCGUCAUACACUGACCUUACUACUCUGAGUAACCAUGGUGAUCUGAUCUGUUCCCUGUGGUCAUAGUGUGUUCUCGGCUGCCUGAACUCACGUCACCACAGUUUCAGUCUCUCAGCUUUGAAGACGUCACUACUUGGGGCUCAGCUGGACAGGUUGACAGUUGGCAGAGCAAAUACCGUGAACUCGUACUGGAUUUUCCAGUACUUUCACCGCCCACAUGUAGCCCACAGUACAGAGGGUGGUUCUCUUUAGCCAGUCUCAUAGUUCAGAAACGUUUGAACCGAUCCUGAUCAGAAGUCAUUACAUUUGUCCACCCGUGGAAGUGUUUCUCUGUCUGUCCCUGAGUUGUAGUGAGCUAAAUAUUUUGGCUUUUGUCCAGUUUAAUCUGUUAUGUCACUGACAGCAGUGAUGUUUGCUUAGCCAAGGCCUUGAAAUCAUGGUCUGAGGUAUUUGCAGUUCAUUCUAAAAUAAGAGACUUCCUUGUGAGUUAAAAUAUGUGGGCGUUUAUGUGAGUUCUGCUACCUCCCUGAUCAGUUUGUAUGUGGUAUGUCCAACUGAAAGGAAGUUUAUUUUUUAAGUAGACAUUUCAGACAUUUAGAAGAAGCUAAAUUAUAUUUCUAAAUACAAUGAAACUACAAGAUUCACUUUGAGAUCAUUACAGUUUCUCAGGUGCUUGUUUUGGAAGAGGAAUUGUAUGAAUGAAUGAAUGAAACCAUCAGUACCUCAGUGUUUGCUGGAACAGGGCAGGAGAAACGCAUUGUGGGAGGCAGAUGUCAGACUGAUCACUCCAAAACACAUGCUGACACAGUGGGCAGCUGGGACGACAUGUCUGGCUCUGAACAAGUGGUGGAGAAAUUGUGCAGGAAGGGUAUUUAGGAAUGUACCGUCUGCUGGAAUGCCACAUGUUGGACUUCUUGUUCCUAAUGUUGAUAUAUUUUGUGUCAGAGUAACUGAUGUGCUUCUGGGACACUCUCUACCCUCUCUUGUCCAAACCAUUCAAAUGAUGUUGUAAAGACUGCAAACAAAUAUGUGGCCUCAUCCCAGUCUCUUGGCAGUGACCCGGUGUGUGGAUAUGCUGGUUUAACACCGCCUGAACUCCCCGACAAUGAGGUGCCCGCACAGACGAUGAGGGGACGUUCGGCUGAUUGAUAAGGGAGAAUACAGCUGCUGGCAAACAUCGUUUGGCUCAGAUUACAGUAUAAUUUCAGAUCGAGGUAUGGACGGGCUGCAGGCAGAAAAUGCUGGAGUUGGCGGCAUCGGGGACAACGCGGAGGAAAAGUACCGCGCACUUGCCUAUGACACUGCUCUGAGCACUUUGGUGGCGGUGGCCGUGUAUGUGGUGGUGAAAGUGAGCCUGGACGGGAUCAGGCAGUGGCGGGCCAAAAUCUCAGUGCUCAUCGUGGGUUCGGGACCCGUGGGGCUGACGGCGGCUCUGGUCGCUGUCCGCUCCGGGAAGGUGCUGAAACUGACCGUGCUGGAUGAGAGGUACCGGACUGCCCUGCUCUGCCGGCCCCAGCAGAUCGCCCUGGAUCCCCGCAGUGUGAAGUUUCUGCUGGGACUCGGGGUGGACUUUGAUAACAUGGAGGGCUGCUGGCACAACGAGCAUUUCUUCACCAGGAUAGGUGUGUUUCAGGAGUACCUGCUGAGCAUCCUGGAGCAGAAGAAACAGAAGGUGGAUGUCAAGGUGCAGCUGGGAACCAAGUUCACAGAGGAGUACUUGCGCCGCAUCCCACACAAUGACUGGCCAAGUGUGAUUGUCGUGGCUGAUGGGUCGUGUGGCGACUCCUGUUCAGUGCUGGGCAUCAGUUCUGAUUACACUGUGGAGUCCUGCCAUGCCUAUGGAGCAAAUGCCACCAUAGAGAGACUAGACCAGAGACAGGUACCCACUCCUGAGAUCCGUGCCCACAGCCUCUAUUUUGACCUGUCUGCUUACGGAGUUGAGGCCCUCCGAGAGCACAGAAACCCAACCACCAAACCUGGCUUCCACUUGAAGAUCUAUGGCACCUUCAGAAACCGCUACAUGGCCCUCGUCUGCCCCACCUCUGACACCAAGAUGGUUCGCUUCCUCAGGCACACAGCCAACUCCUCUAUCAUGAAGAACAUUUUCCACCAGUCCUUUAAUGCCUAUAAGACGGACAUAGAGCCUCGUCUCAAUGAUGUGACGCUCCACCACAUGCAGUGCAGCCGUCGUCUCUUUGAGAUUCAGUUGUCACACAGACGCAUCAGUGCUGCUUACAUUGAAGGGGACAAUGUGGCGGUCACUGUGGAGGGCGAGGCAGCGCGUGUCCUCAACUUUGACACAGGUUGUGGGGUAAAUCUAGGUAUGCGUGGUCUGGAGUCAAUGGGGACGUUUAUUUACCGAACAGCCACUGCUGUGGACCAGAAUGAUAUUCUCGAGGCGCUGUCGGCUAAGAUGCAGCACUCCAGACAUGUGGCAGAGACCUUCAAGCAGACAGGCCUGGCUGAAUCAAUGUAUGAAUGAAACAGAAGGACUUCCUGGUGAAUGCAUAAUGCCACCUAGUGGAAAGUGGUGGUGGAUCAGAAUGGAUGUUUACAGUGAAUCAUAUGUCUGAUGCUAAAAUGGACUACUAAUGGUUACAUACUGAGUUCAGCCGAAUGAGCGCGAACUGUGAACAGAUGGAUAAUGGAUGUAAACAUGUGACCAUGAGUCUUUGUGACAUACAGUGAGUAGCUCCACUCGUAAUCGAUGGAGCGAGAAUAACAAUGGCCACAUUUCGUCUUGUAUAUUUGGAACAGUUUGAUUUUCAUGGUUCAAAGCUUGAUUAUGCAGAGAACUGUGGCAGAAAGAGACACAAUCUCUUACAGUUGCAGUGAAACAAUAUACUCUAUUAAUGCACUGCAGAUUGGAUCUCGAUUCCUCUGUAAAGUGUGAGAGUUUAAUCUAGUGAAAUGUAGCUCAGAGAGGAAACUAGUAGUUUUACCAUUUUUAUCACUGCCAUCUUCUCCUUUUAUUAAGGAAAGAAUUGACUUGAUUUUUAAAAUCGAGCUCAUUGUGCUCUGUGGACAGCACAUCAAGGAGAAAUGAGACUGAUAUGAGACAGCAUCAUACGCUAGAACAGAAAAAUGUAUGGAUCUGUUACUGUCUUUGAUUUAGCUAGGGAACACAAGUGUAGAAUCAGAUGAAGUGAGGAGGCAGCUGCUCCAAAGUGUUAUUAUUAAGCCUUUUGUCUUUGUGUUGGUUUGACAAUGUGGUGAUAAUUGUGGCGAUGACGUUGUGAAGUAUUUGCCAGAGUGGCCAAUUUUUGUGUGCUGCCUUGUAAAUUAAGAUUUUGCGCAUAUAUCGUUGCAACCAUUUUAUGGGUAAACUAUUUUAUUAUAAAUUUAUUUUGCUUGCAUCACAUUUUCACUUUCCUUUUAAUAUUUUGCUCCAGAUGAUCUGAAAGGACUCAAGUGUCAUCCAUAAAAGUACAUCAUUUCAGAUGAAGGAGAGUAUGCUGAUACUAAUGUCCUGCUCCUGCCGAAGUGCCAAUAAAGACAGUCAUACAUUGAUUUGGUAAGAGUGAAAUGGAUGGUCUUUAUAUGAAAUCCUUUCAUUUGUUUAAUCAGAGAUUAAAUUUAAUAAAGUGAAAGCAACAUAAAUUAAGAUGCUGGUCAGGUCUCUAACAGAAAAGAAAAAUAAUUUUAUCAAGGCAAUCUAGUUGAUGUGUUUCAAAGCUGCAUUUAUAGUACAAUUUUAUGAUUGAGCCAAAUUUGUCAGUUUAUCAAAUUUUGUAUAUCAAGAUAAAAUAACACCAGUCGCAAAAAAGGCUGACUUGUUCUGUUCUGUCAGUUUCUAAUUGCUCUUUUACAAGUUGCUGUGUGAAAAUUUUGAUUUGUAUCUGCGAACUGCACCAAAUGCAGACAGUACAGAACUGUUAACACACUAUUUCCACAAUGGCUGAUCUGAAGCAGUACUGUCCUCUAGUGGUGUAGGCUGUAAUCUGCAUCUGCUCAGCCUCAAACUCAUGACACCUCUCAGUCCUGUUUUUAGAAGUUGCACUCAGUGUUUCAUGUAUAAAAGCCGAUGGUCCUUCAAAGAUUAGAUCUUUAAAGUGAUUACUAAAGCUCACAGGUCGGCAUUGGAACUGGCAGGGAUGCAAUAUCUCCCUCUAUGAUAUAAGUAUUUUGCGGUUUUAUUGAUAGAACUAUUCUGCAUUAACAGGUUUAAUUGUAAAAUGUUUUCUUUUUAAUUUAUUUCACACAGUAUAUCCCUACCUCUAAUAUCACUAAUAUUCUGCUAGUAUGACUCCAGCUACUUGUGUGUGUGAAGCCAUAGUGCCUGUUCAUCUGAUAUACACAGUCUGCUACAUCUUUUAGAUGAUAAAAUGCUUUAUAAAAUGAUAAAUAUAUAACAAUAUGAUAACUUGAUAUCAGUCUCUACAACAUACUGUAACUGGCAAUAUACUGAAUGUGCCCCAGAAGUUGACUGUUGCUGAAUAGAUCAAAUUAAACAGAGUUACG